AUAAAUUUAUAUGUUGAAAAUGCAAUUCAUUCAUAUUUACAAAAUUGUUAAGAAUUGAAAUAUUUUAUACUCAGGGAAAUCUUUUGGACGAAGCUUCAGGUAAGAAGAAAGAAGAGGAAUUGAUAAUUGCCACCGUAAAAUUAGAUAAAGAAAUAUCUACAAGUUGGAAUAGAAAGAGUAAACCUUCAAAGUUUCAACAGUUUCAACUUCUGACAGCAAAAAAUAUUAUGAGACCUCAGAUCAAGUUUGCGAGAAAAGUCGACAAUUCGAACACUUGUUUCGUUCCCAUUAUAAAAGAAAAACCCAAUUCGAUAAAGCCACUUUCCAUCUUAUAUGAAAAAGUUGGGGAAGAAGAAUCAUAUAGUCAUCCAUAUGAAGUAGAAAUUGAACACUUUCAACCGUCAGAAGAUCGAUUGACACUUGUCAAACCCCAGCUUCCACUUUCAUUAGAAGAAACUCCUUUUGAAUAUGUUGAUACAGUUAAAAAAUUUGAAGAUUUAUGUAAAGAAUUAAAUGCAGAAAAAGAAUUUGCUGUGGAUUUAGAACAUCAUUCUUAUCGAACAUUCCAAGGAAUCACUUGUCUAAUGCAGAUAUCCACAAGGAAAAAGGAUUAUGUAGUUGAUACUAUAGAAUUAAGAGAUCAUUUACAUGCACUGAAUGAAUCGUUUACUAAUCCAAAAAUUUGUAAGGUAAGCAAAUGAACUGAUAAUUUUAAC